CGUUCCUCUAAGUUGCCAUUGUGCUCCACAGUUUCUCUCUUAGCAAUCCAGCCCUCUAGUGUCUCGAACGGGUGCGAGUACAGGGUCUCCACCGCGUCCGGCGGGGUUUCUCUAGUCGCCACUGCCUGUGCCGCCUCAUCGGCUUUCUGAUUUCCUACGCACGUGUCUGCUUGGUGUGAACGGACGUGGUAGAAGUAUGUCCUCAGACCUGCCAACCCACGUUGGGCCAGUAUGUCAGUGAUGGCCCCGAACAUUUCGCGAUGUUUGCUUACAUGUAGCGACUCGGGCUCCAGAAUGGCGCGGCGAAGGAUAAGCAGGCUGACAAGGCUGUCGGUGUAAAUUCGCAGGAGAUGGAGUCCGCGCCGGUGGGCGGGGAGCUCCAGCGGCUGACCCAGGCCGGAGGCCAUGGCGGCCCACGUGUGUGCCGGUCUGAUAUGUCCCAGGGCGUGGACCAGUGGGUGCUGGAGCCAGGCCGUGUAACCACUGGUUUCGCCAUACGGCACGACCACGACUGACAAAUGUGGCGCUUGCGCUGAGCAGGAGCAGGAGCAGGAGCAGGAGGGGGAGUAGGCGGCAUGAUGGCUCGACUCUCGGCUCGGGUCCCGCCGACUCAGCAGCAGCUCAGGGGCGCCGCAGCUGCCGCUGGCGGCAGUAGCAGCGGCAUUGGUGGCAGCAGCCGGACGCACAAUGGUGGGGGCGAGGCGGCGGCGGCGGUGCUGGCCGAUCCAAACACCACCUCACUGGGAGGCGCACGAGCCGCCCUGGCAGACCUCCAGCAGGGCCCAGUCGCCGCUGCUGGCAGUAGCAGCUGGGGCCCCUCUGCCACUGCUACUGCCCCGCCUGCCUCCUACGAACUGGCAACCGCGGCAGUGGGUAUGCCCUGCGGUGCGGCGGACCUGCGUGAUGCAUCAUCACUGAUGACGGCAGGCAGUAGCAAUGCUGGCAUCAGCAGUAGCGAGCGGUCUGGAGAGGGUCGGGUGGGGAUGGGGGAGGAGGCGGCGGUGGCGGCGGCGGCGGAGCAGGGACUGCAGGCAGCAGUGGCGAUGCGGCGUGACGACGAUAUGGAUGGCGGUGGCCGUAGUGGUGGCUGUGGUGAGGGCCUGGGUGACGAUGACGUGUGCAGUAAUAGUGAGGACGCGUGCAGUCCCGCGGCCGCUGACCCUGCCACACGAGUUUCACCGUGGGAAGAGUAGUGGUUGAUCAAGAGGUGGGUGCGUGGUUAUACGGUAAGAUCAUCAGGUAUGCAGGUAGGUGGUUAGGUUGUCAGGUGGUUAGAUUGUCAGGCAGGCGGUGUGCAAGGUGGCAACCACUGGGCAGGGGGCGGGAGUGCGUGCUGCACGCUAGUCCCGAGUGUGAUGUGGGACGGCGGGGCUGCUCCGUCGCUGCUGCUGAGGCCGCAAGCCGGCCAACGGUGGGUCUGGACGGUGGGUGUGGUCGUGGCCUUGCUUACUUGGCGGCCCGAGACGCGGACGCGACGGCAGACGCUGUGCACUUUGGGUCCCCGUAAGGAGCGUUGAGUGAAGGGUGAAGGGAUGCGAUGCCGUGUCACCAACAUGCCGAUGGUGAUGACAAGGGGUCCACCUAGAUAAUAACCGCUGAAAUUAUGCUGCUGCCGCCUGGGACGUGCGUGCCAGGGGAGGCGCCGGGUGUGUGUGUGGGCACGCGCAUUGCAAGUAAGCUGGGCGAAGCGGCAGAGCCUUGGUAGGACCGUAGGAGUAGGCGCCACAGCACACACGCCCCGCUGGGUUGUAGAGGAGAGGAGGAGACAUAGAGGGGGCCAUUCUCUGCAAGACGCAAUGCACGCAGACCCAGCGCGCGGUUGCGGGCUUGGCGUAACACAACAUUGGUA